AUGGGGAAAGAACAGAAUCCUGAACAGAUUCAUAUUAGGCAGAAAGUAGGAAUCUCGGCCCAGCCCACUUCCUCCACCACCACCACCAUCUCCGUGGUUGUCCUUAAUUGGUACAUGAUGUCCAUCUUCCAGGCUUUAGCCUCAAGCACCUCACGGAUUGUGCAACACGGCCGAGGAACACUCCUUGUGCUGGAUCAAAACCGCCCGUCUGUCUGUAGGGUCUUCAUCUCGUCAUCGUCGCUGUGGAAGCGCAGACGGUGCACAACUUUUAUCAGGCACACGCAGAAGGUAAUCUUUGGAGUAAAGGGUCAAGAACUGGUUUAUCCUAAAAAGCUUCCUCUGAUACAGAAGCGAAAUGUUUGGCACAUCCAUGAGGAUGAUAUACAGGAAGCUUAUGAAGAAGAAUUGUUGUAUGAACUGAGCCUAAAUAGAAAAACCUUAAUACUCCAUCUUUUAAAAUCAAGGGAGUUCCUCGCCUCAAAUUACAGUGAGACGUAUUACUCCACCAAAGGAGAGGAGGUCACCACGCACCCUCCGAUCAUGGAUCACUGUUUUUACCAAGGAUCUAUCAUACAUGAAUUUGAUUCUGCUGCCAGUAUUAGCACGUGUAGUGGUCUAAGGGGGUUCUUCAGGGUGAAUGACCAAAGGUACCUUAUUGAACCAGUGAAAUAUUCAGAUGAGGGUGAACACUUGGUCUUCAGAUAUAACCCCAAGGUGCAGCACGCUGCCAAUUAUUCUUGCACGGAGCUCAAUUUCACCAGGACAGCUGUUCUGAAGGAUAAUACUAAAUCCAUGGAAGACUCCAAAAUGGAAAGCAUCGAAAAAGAAAAGCAUAUUGAACUGUUCAUUGUUGCUGAUAAUAAUGUGUAUCACAGGAAUCCUAACAGUAAACUGAGGAAUCGCGUUUGGGGAAUGGUCAAUUUUGUCAACAUGAUUUAUAAAACCUUGGACAUUCAUGUGACAUUGGUUGGCCUUGAAACAUGGACAAAUGGAGACAAAAUAGAAAUAGAUUCAAAUAUAGAAACUACCUUAAAGCGUUUUUCAGCUUGGCAAGAAAUAAUCCUUAAAAAAAGGAAGAAUUUUGAUCAUGUUGUAUUACUCAGUGGGAAGUGGCUCUACACAUCUGCACAAGGAACUUCCUAUCCAGGGGGCAUGUGCCUGCCCUAUUAUUCCUCCAGUGUCGUUAAGGACCUUUUACCUGACCUAAAUACAAUUGCGAGCAGAAUGGCACAUCAGUUGGGGCACAGUCUUGGAAUGAAGCAUGAUGACUACCCAUGUACCUGUACUUUGGGAAAGUGUGUGAUGGAUAGUGGUGGAAGCAUUCCUGCACUAAAAUUCAGUAAAUGUAGCAGAACUCAGUACCAGCAAUAUCUGAAGGACUUCAAGCCUACAUGCAUGUUCGAUAUUCCAUUUUCUGAGAAACUAAGUGAUUACCCAUAUUGUGGAAACAAGAAGCUGGAUGAUGGAGAAGAGUGUGACUGUGGCCCCGUGCAGGAGUGCACUAAUCCUUGCUGUGAUGCACGCAAAUGUAUGCUGAAGCCAGAAUUUACUUGUGCGGAAGGAGAAUGCUGUGAAUCUUGCCAGGUGAAAAAAGCAGGCUCUCUCUGCCGACCAGCAAAAGAUGAAUGUGAUUUUCCUGAAACGUGUACUGGCCACUCUCCUGCGUGUCCUAAGGACCAGUUCCAAGUCAAUGGAUUUCCUUGCAAGGAUGCAAAAGGCUACUGCUUUAUGGGGAACUGUCCCAGCCGGGAUGAUCAGUGCUCUGAAUGGUUUGAUAAUGAGGCAAAAGACAGUUCUGAUAUCUGUUACAAGAUGAAUAAAAAUGGAAACAAAUUUGGAUACUGCAAAAAUGAAGAACAGAUAUUAAUUCCUUGUGAAGAAAAAGAUGUCAAAUGCGGAAAGAUAUUCUGCACAGGUGGGAAGCAUGCUUCCAUCCUUGGAGAAGAAAAGGUCUAUCACCUUAAGAAGCCUCUGACGCAGAAUGUCACUGAAUGCAAAACCUUUUUUUUAUAUCACAAAUCUAAGGAUUUUGGUUUGGUUGCUCCUGGAACAAAAUGUGGAGAAGGAAAGGUGUGCAGCAACAGUGAAUGCGUGACUAUUGAAAAAGCCUACAAUUCAACCGAUUGUCCCUCUCCGUGCAAUGAGAAUGCUGUGGAUGACGGUGAUCUCGGGUGCCAGUGUGAAGGAGUACAGGCAUCUGUGGACUGGGAGGAAACCUUAAAUGUUACCAAUAUCUCCAUCCUGGUGGUUGUACUCAUCCUGGUUAUUAUUGGUGUUCUGUCUGCUGUAUUAUUAAUUCGUUACCAAAAAUGUAUUAAGUUGAAGCAAGUUCAAAGACCGCCUAGCGAAGCACUGGGAGUGGAAAAUAAAGGAUACACUGGUGAUGAGCAGCAGACAAGAACUGAGCCCAUCUUACCUGACAUUCAUCCCCUACAUCGAAGAACCGCGGAUUCCCUGGCGAGACUUCCAACCAGCUUCUCGAGUCCGCACUACAUCACGCUGAAACCUGCAAGUAAAGAACCAAGAGGAACUGCAGAUCCCAAUCCAAGUGCUAAAGUGAGCUUGAAACUGGAUAUUCAAAAUGGCCGUGCAAGGCUAAGCUGAAGAUUCUGGAUGUAAAAUCUUUGUAACCUUCUCUUGAUAUCUUCCACACAAAUUUCUAGUCGUUUUUCAAAUGUUCUUUAUCUAGACAGAAAAUGCUAAAGAGAAACCACAUCUUCCUGAAAAAUUUACCUGUAGAAUUCACAAUCUAUGGGGCAGACAUAUGCUACAAGAAAAGUCUGUCGUUUUUCAAAUGCUUUUUAGCUUAAAAUAAAAAUAAACAGUCUCCUUGCAUAGUUUUC